AUGCAAGUCAACACAGACUCUCGUCUCGCUUUGUUUCUGGAAUCUCUGUCUGAAUGGUCAAACUACGACCAGAGAAGCUUCUUGUUUGCGGAUUUCCCCUUUGAGCGCACUCAAGACAAUGCUGUUUCAUACGAUUCUCUCUUGUCAUUCUGGUCUCAACUAAUCAAGAAAACUACUGAACUCGGACUGCUUAGUGUUGUGUCCUUUAACGAAUCAUCCUUGUCUUCUCGUAACGAUCCUCCCCUUCCGUCUGUAUUCGCAUUGCUGCCUCUUCAUUUGAAUCAUCGAUUCAUGUAUCGUAGUACAACUCCAUUGGGAUUGAAUACUGUCUUGACUUCAAUGGUGUCUGAUGGCUCAUGUGUUCCACUCGACCAAUUUAUGGCCAUUUCACCGCGUCCUUUGCAAGAUUCUUUUUCUGCAAUGAAACUGGUUUCUGGUGUUGGAUGGGCACUCAAGUCAUUGCUGAUCACUCCGCUAAAAUGGUCUGCUGAACAAUUGAUUGGCUCAAGCCCCAUUUUAUGGUUACAAACUAAUCGUAUUUUGAUUAUUAUCCCAUUGGUUCAGGCUGCUGCUCAAAAAGUCUCGGCAUAUCUUGAAAAAACUGUUUGCUACUCAAUCGAUCGAACAAUGGAUAUGCCAUCCUUUAGGGAUCUUUGUGACGCAUCAGGUGCUUUUCCUAAACCUAUUUCUCAGUUUGAUGCUCAAAUACUUUUACAGUUUCUUAAACAAAAUCAUAUGGCUGCAUGCGAAAGUGUUGAAAACUCAAAUCAGGAUAAUCAAUUCCUUGUUAUAAAAAUGCAUCUUGCAAAUAUAAAACACAAUAAUCAAUUAAAUAUCUCAAACAUCGACAAAGGAAUCGUGUCCAUCAUGGCUACCAUCAAGAAACUUACUCUCCAGAUAAAAGAACUAGAAUUGAAAUUGGCCACAUUUCAACAACAAGCUCAGCUAGCCCUUUCUAAAAACUUGCGUGGCAAAGCUCUUUCAAUGAUUCGCCAACGCAAGACAUUGGAGAAAGUACAUACACAGCGCAUGGCUUCCUUGGAAACACUCGAGGGAAUCAUGCUUAAGCUACGAAAUUCAGAGUCAGAGUCAGAUGCAAGUUGA